AUGGCCGUCACCACACGUCAACCUUCAUCCACCUCCGUUACCCACUCGCCGUCUACUUCAAACACCAUCAUCACAUCUGCUCCCCGCUACAACAACUUCCGUCCUAUCCGUUAUCAAACUAAAGAAGAGCUCGAACGAUUCUUUGGCACCACCUCUGCCCAAAAGCGAGAACAACGUUUGCGCGUACGUGAAUCCGAUGGUCAGGUCUACUUCGAUUGGAUUGAAAAAGAUGAAUGGCAACAUCUGUUGGCCACUGGUUCACUGAGCAGUCCUAAUUCGCCUACGGGUACUAGGAGGAGGAGCAGUGCAGCGACAUGUUUGACGUUGAACUCGCCAUUGCGUGAGGAUAGGAGGGCCAGUUUGGGCGCCGGUUUGAGUGGUGGGCUGUUCGGAAACUUCGACAUGGUCGGAUUGGAGAAUAAUGCGACUAGCGGAGAGGAGAGGGUUACAAGGAGAAAGAGGUGCAACAGUGCGGUGGCGGCGAAGGGAGUCAAGGUCGAUGAUCGUGUGGCCUUAAGUCUCAAAGGCGAGCAAGAAGGCAACUGGUUCCAUACAGCCCUUUUCACACGCGGUCAAACCGAUGGAUUAACUUGGAGUCCGAGGAACAGCUAUUGUGAAGCCACCGAUGAUGCUGCGCAGGAAGAGUGGCACGAGGAUCGCAUUCGAAUCUCACGACUUCCACUGAGCCGUCGUAAAUUCGACCGAGAGACGCUCGACCAGGCUUUCGGCACCACUGCUCCCUCUGACACUUUCAGCCGAACUACUCGCACGCACAAACCGCGAUCCCUCACAAUACCGUUUAUCAACAACACCUCUGAUGGGCUUCAACUCGACACAGCUACCAGUCCCACCUCUUCCUGCUCUUCCUCUGGAAGCCGACUGCACAGUUCAGCCUCGCUUGCCGUUGCAAACGACACAGUUGAUUCUGAACUGAGCGGUGAACGGAGGGGAACCUUCGGUGACACUCUACUGCCAAUUCUGCGUCACCAGCAUGAAGACUCGCGUAUGACGCCUCCCUCCUCAGCUGCAAUGGAAUUCCUCGCUACACCCACCCCAACAAGCGUCUCUUGGUCUCAAUCAAAGAUUCAAGCACACAGCGCAAAAGGAAGAACUUCGAAGCCAUGGCGACACGCUUCGUCGUUCGAAGACUCGCGCACCGCAUUCACUGCGAUCAAAACACAUGCAUCAACCUUUGUCGACGCUGGAUGGACAACGCAUCAACGCCAUCACUCGGCCGAAGCCGUAGCAACCCAAAUCAAACGACCUGAACGUCCACUGCGAGCUGUCCAAUCCGUCGCUUCGCUCCGAGAAACUUCGGCUGUUCCACACACCACCGUAUCACUACAAUCUACGGUCAAGAUGGAAGCGGACAUGCUGAGGGAGCGAACUCGAACAUGGUCCUCCUCAUCCGAAAGUUCUUCCGCAUCCGAUGGGUGUGUAUUUACCUCCCUGGUUCCAAGAAGAGGUGCGAAGAAGUUCGAUAAAACUCGUCAUCAGCAAUGCAUCCGUGCGAACCAAGGGCAAACUUCACCAGCGAUGACGGUGAGAAGUAUCUCCUCGACGGCGUUACGCGAUCCAUUUGCCUGCCCCCCUGCACCUGCUUCGCUUGCCGCCCCUCAAUCUGUUGUUGGCACUCCGACCUCCAAAGUCGAUGAUCAAGACGAAAAGCACGUUCGAGAUCAACCGUUUCACAACACGGCCUCACACUUUCGUCACUCUACCCGCCGUCCACUUCGCACGGGUCCACAAGUCUACUCUGGUCUAGACAUACCCUGCGCCUCGAUCCACCUUCAUUCUGAUCCAGAGGACAACUUUGAACCCGCUGUAGCGCUUAAUCUUACCUCGAGCCAGUUGAAAAAGUUAAGAAAAGAAUCUCACGCCGCUGCCGCCAGGUCGGGUGGAGUACACACGAGAUCGCCUUCUUCAUCGACGACAAAUCGCGGACGGUUUUCGUCAGAGGCUUCGGUGCUGGAGGGUCAGCAUCGGGUGCAAGCAUAUGCCAAAGGCAGUUCCAGGUGGUGGAAUAAUAUUUUGCAUGCUUAA